AUGAAUACGGAGCUUAAUUCAGGGGAAAUGUCAGGAGGUGACUGCUCUGUUCCACAGAGGAUUGUAUUUCUUGAAGUAGAGGAAAAGGAAGCUUUAGUUGAAGAGAAGGAGACCACCACAUUGAAAUGUGCAAAUACGAAAGUGAAUGAUGUCCAGCCAGUGAGGAAACCUCAUUUUAAAGGUGUGAAAAAAAGAAAAUGGAUCUAUGAUGAACCAAAGAACUUUUCUGGCCCAGGAAUGAGGAGAGCUGUACAAGCUCAGAAUCCUAAAAAUAAGAUGAGUUAUCGCAAUAAUAAAAAUAGGAAUGCUGAGAACGCACCCUAUAUCCAUGUUCAGAGAGAUGCUGUCAGGGCUGUCUCAUUGAACGCACCUCCCCGCAGCAGACCCACAAAUGGAUCCUACAAUAAAGGGGACACUAACAAGGAACCUAAACUCUCUCCAGACAAAUAUAUGCCAACAUCAUAUAACGGUUCAGCGUGGCGAAAAAGAAUUCCCUUUUCAAAAACAUAUUCAAAGACUGAAAAGAUAUAUACAGAGCCAAGAAGAAAUGGGAGCAAGUAAACCUGAAGGAUGAAAAGAAAAAAAAGAGAAAAAUGACAAAAGAGAAAAGUACCAGACAUCAUCUGAUUUACUAUCAAAAUGAAAAUUCAAAGAAUGAGAUAUUCACGUACUUCAUACUAUAUACUGGAUAGCCAAAGAUGAUAAAAUGCAAAUUCUGAAAAUAAUAUGCAGGGAAGUACAUUGUGCUCUUUCAAAACUGAUAAAAAUGCAAAUUACAACCAGCUGCUUGCGUAUUUAUGUAGGUCUGGAAUUCAUUCAACGCAUUUCCACAGACAUUUAAUAAAAUUUAAGUUUGACGAUUAAAAA